ACGAACGGACGAACUGGUCGGUGUGGCGGCUGGGUUCAUCGUUGAACACCAAACACUGUGGACAUUCAACACUCGUCGACACCCAUCUACCAAGGCAGCUACCCGCUCGGGGUCUCCGGAUCAGAGUAUCAGAACUCAAGGCUCAGUUUAGCUGGCACGCUUGUCGUAGAACCACGUGCGCGUUUACCUAUCGAAAGCUAAUAUAUAAACCGAGUUUGUCAAAGCUGGGGGGAGCUCCGCCGAACCAAUAUAAUCGGAGAUUAUAUUCCAAGAGGAGAGAUGAACGAAAGAACGAAAUGAAGUAGGAAGCCGAUAAACAAGGGUGUUCCUCCGUACCCCUCGAUCGUUUAUUGAUUUUACCGAAAAGUGAACAUAGGAACGUCGAAGAAGAGGCAUCGGAGUGUUACGCUACGAAUCGUUUGUUGGAAAAAAUGCUCGACUCGAAUCUACGCUGAAACCGGGCUCCGAAACUGCUCUGUAAUCAUCGCGUUAAUUGUAAUUUGUGUAUCAAUUGUAAAAUUACGCGCGGCUUGUGCUCGGUGUGACGCAGUGAACCCUUCCGAACAACGCACGAUUCUAUCGGAUGGAAAAAACCGAAAGACCAAAGAGUCGGGGGUCAUCGAGCGAACGGAGGUGAUCGUUUGAAUCGUUGAAAUUCCUUCUCGGUCGAGUGAGUCAACCCUCGGGAUCGCGGGGUCUCUCGGAGCCCUCCUUUGCCUCCACUGGGCUGUCAGCCAGGGCGUUCCAAACGGCGACAUCGCAUAUCGUAUGUGUACGUCGUAUACCGCGGUGACUAGUUCGACUUCGAUGAUCAGUCGCGUGUCUUCAACUACGCGUACCGCGCAGUGUGGAUUGGUAAGUAUGCCGAGCGAUACACGAUGAUACCGAAAUUCGGAAGCGAGCCGUUGGCUCCGCGCCAUGACGGUGGAAAGGAAGGAGGAGGAGGAGGAGGAGGAGGAGGAGGAGGUGGAGAAGUAGAAAGAGGAAGAGGAAGUGGAAGUAGAGGAGGAAGAGGAAACCGCCAGGGACCACGCCGCGUGUUGCCUCUCCCGCUGUUGCAGGCCAUAAUAACCAUGGCGGUAGUCCUGCCAAAUUUGGUAGAAUCGAAUCCAGUCUACCCCCGUGGAUCGACGUCCGAUGCGUGGAGAGCGAAGCAGGGCAAUUCUUCGUCAAAUUUGAUGGAUAGGACCGACAGUGAUUUGCCGAUUUUUGAACCCACCGCCGCCAAUGUCAGCGCACUCGAAGGACAGACCGUUUAUUUGCCUUGCAGGGUUAGAAACCUUGGGGAUAAAGUGGUAUCGUGGAUCCGGAGCAGGGAUCUUCACAUUCUGACGUCCGACGACGUGGCCUUCAGUUCCGACGCAAGAUUUGGCCCUCAACACUCGCCGGGAAGUGACGCCUGGACUCUACGACUCGACAACGCGAGGCGUUCGGACUCGGGGAGGUACGAGUGCCAGGUCAAUACCGAGCCGAAGAUGAUGUACGCCGUUCAACUUUCGGUCAGAGAUCCGGACAAACCGGAUGUCCAAGACGAGCCGCACUCUCAGCAGACUCGGAUCAGUUACGAGAGUACCGCACCUCUGGCAACCAUUAUGGGUCCGAGGGAGCAAAGGGUGUCCUCCGGGUCAACGAUCACCCUGAGGUGCGUCGUCACGUCCCCGUACCAGACCAGGCCCGUCAGAGGCGUGCAAUGGCUUAGGGACGGCAAACUUCUAACAUUCCAGGCUGCCAGGGGUGGCAUCAGCGUAGAAACGGAAAAAGGAGCGGCUCAGACGGUGUCCGAAUUGACCUUGGCCGGAGUGACCCCCGUCGACGCAGCGAGAUAUUCUUGUCGGCCGACCGAGGGGCGCGCGGAUACGAUUCUCCUCGUCGUGGACGAAGCGGAAAGAACCGAAGCGAUGCAGCGUGACGCCAGUUUUCCGGCUAAUUCGGCGAGCGGGAUUACGAGAACGUUACCGUGGAUUUUCAUCCUCCAGAUCUGCACGUUGCUGAAAAUUUUCAGGAGCGAAAACUUUUUCUGAAACGCGCAUCGCAGCUCGUUUGUAUCAUUAAGGCAAUCCCAGUAUUUCUAUUUAGUUUGUAAUACGGUUGAGGAAAGAUUAGGAGCCAAUAAGAGAGAAUUUUCGCAGUAGAUGUAGGAACAUAAAUCAUACCACCCCGCUCACCCAAACAAGACGCCUGACUCCGAAUUCAUCCAUUAAAGCGUCAGCAGCUUCAAUCUCCGUUCGCGAUAACUCGUGAAAAAUCAGAGGCGCAGAAGUAUACCUAUAUGAGAUAUCGAUCAUUCUAAAAAAAGGAAUCUUUUACCGAUAAUGCACCGCGUUGCGGGGCGGAGGAUAAAAAGGGUUGGCUUCGCGCGGAGCACCUCGCCACGUCCUGCGCGAGGAUUAAAAUGGGGUGACAUCGUCUUCGACCCCACAGUUGAUGAGGCUGUGCCUGUAAUUUAUUUCACCAUUUACCACAUACUGCGGGAAGUGAGCCCGGAUUGAACCGUGGGCGAAUAUUUUGGCCAUAAUUUGUCCUCGCUCAUGGCAUACGUAUAACAUCUACACCCUUUCGACACUUCGGACGCGUCGCGUACGAAUCUUUUCAUUUUAUUCGCGCGUAUCGUCGUCAUAUUUUUUUCAGCACCGGAAUGAAAAUUCCAAAUUACAGCCAGUCGCUGUAAUCGUAUACAAAGCGUCUAAUUGAAUAAACUGCCGUAUGGGUAUCGGAAAUAAUUCAUCACGUUUCGGGUUUACCAAGCAAAUCCAACUUUGAAUUUUUUUUUUUUUUUCAAGUUUCGUCUACAUCUCUUCGCCGUUUAACAUCGGCGGGAAUAAUUUCGGUGAGCGAUCCUACAACAUUUCCUUGCAUAAUCGAUCAUUAGCAAAAUCCUCUUACACAUUUAGCUGAAAUGAGAUUAGAUUUGAUUACGUUACUGUCGCAGGGACGCAUUUCUCCGAAUUGGAAUCGUUACUCGGUAUGUCAAAUCGCAAUCCUCCGGGGAUCCCAUUCAGAAGACAGGAUUACUCUAAUACUUCCUUAAUGAGGAGGCGACAACCGGUGACCGGCUACGCCAUUUGCACGUGGAAACGCUACGACUCUGGCAUAGGACGUUCAAAAAUAUCUGCGAGUCGAAUUCAAGCUACGUGCUGGUCCGUCUCAAAUUUUACUCCGUAAAUUAUAAGUGUGCGGUCAAACGAAAGACGAUGUCAUCCCGAACGGAGAUCGAUCGUCGCGAGACUUGCCGAUCGUGAGUUGCUUUGACAAAAAAAAAAAAAAGAGGAGGAACAAUUUAUUAUAAGUUUGGGUGAAAUUGAGAAAUUACGUUUAAUUAUUUAUCACCUAUUGGUGGAAAACCUAAAAUAAAAUAAAUAUAUUUUGUAAAAUUGAAUUCAACUAGAUUUAAAACGUACGCUUGUAAGAGAUAGUUUUGAAUUCGAAUUUCCACCGUUUUCAUCGCAGUUUGCAGCUGCACGGGCGAUUGAAGGGGAUGAAUAUAAGCGCCGCGUGUCUAUCGCGAGCGUUCGAUUCGUAUACCGGGCUGCAUUCACGCGUGUAUACCCACCGGUGGCUCCCCGAAUUAUUGAACACGCGAACGUUCGGGGCUCGUGACAAUCGGAAUGAUUUAUCAUGUUUUCGUCGAUCUCGAAACGCGUCCGCCUCAGACUAGCUCCAGUCAGCUAGACCGUAUGGUGCGCCGUUCUAUCCGACGUAACUGAUAUUCCAAUAUUUCAAUCGACCGGUCGAAUUCUUUCUUGGUAAUCGAGAAAGUUUAAACGAACGUAAUAUUUGAAAAGAGAACGGAAUUUUGUUGUCUCAAGUUUUCAUUCUCCAUCGAUCUACGAUGGGGGAACAAAACCGAGUUCAGUGAUUGUACAAGUUGCGAAUAUCGCGAGCGGAAAUCGAUCGCUUCAUAUUUGACGAACGGUCGCCACCUCUUCGAAUCCGACAUCGGAUAUUCGUCAUUCGCCGAAGGUCAGGUAUCGUUCGAGCGGUUGUCUUAAAUAAUUCAUCAAGGAUUACAAUCUGGCGGUGGAGGUGAGAAAAAAGCGAAGGCAAAGAAAAUGGCAUUGCAAUAAAUAAAGCGGAAAAAGCAGAAGCAAGAA